UUACACGUUCAUUUCAUUCUUAUAAAUAAUAUACAAAUGUUGACACCACUUUGUUUCUAUCACCACAAAGAUUGUUCUAUUCUGUCCUACACACGUAUUGACCCAGAAAAGAAAACUUUUUUUUUUUUUGAAGAUGGGGAUGGAUGAAUUUUUUGCCAUGUCCAAGAUGAGGAAAGCAGAUUUGGUGAAACGGGUGGUGGUCAUUGCCGUGAUGGCUAUGUUUGUUGCAGAUGCAGCUGAUACAAAUGAUGUUUAUAGUCCAUGUCUUGAUGCUAAAGUUCAGAGAGGAGAUGGUUUUACAUUUGGUAUUGCAUUUUCGGACAAGCAAUUUUUCUCCCAAGGUAAUGGUCCACAGCUUUCACCUUGUGACAAACGCCUCGACCUCGCGAACAAAGGAGCACAGCUUUCUGUUUUCAGGCCAACGGUUGAUGAGGUCUCCCUACUCACCAUCAAUAGGAGCACCUCAAACCCGGGCAACAAUGCAUAUAUGGUUGCAUUUGCUGGGCAGAAAUAUGCAGCAAGGUCACUACCUAUUAUGUUUGCUGACAACAGUCACACAAUUACUAGUUUCACUUUGGUUCUUGAAUUUCAAGAGGGAACCCUUCAAAACUUGUAUUGGAAGAGUUUCGGUUGUGAUGGAUGUCCUAGUGGAAGCAUUUGCCUGAAUCAACAAGACUGUGCAGUUCCAAACAAAGAGUGUCAAAAGAAUGGAGGGACUGCCUGCAACAUGGGAAUACAGUUGGCAUUUUCAGGCACUGACAAGAAUCUCGAUGCUCUUAAUUCUUGGUACGAAGUGCAAAAUCUACGGCAGUACUCCCUCUAUGGUCUAUUCUCCAAUCUUCGUGACUCCAUCAUUGGGCCAUAUGAAAAUCUCUUUUAAGUCUACAUAUUUCCAGCUUGUACGCAUGGUAGGCAGACUGUACCCAUUUAACUGUUAUUUGUGAGUUUAAUAGUCUUUCAUCUUCACAUUCAAAAUCCCCAACAACUUGUCUAUUUCUAUUUAGUCUAAAGUUAUUGACGGAGGUUUUUCCACUUAACAA